AUGAAGGGAGACUCUGAAGCUAUACAAAAGGCAUUAGAAGUUAAUACUGCUUUGAAGGAGAAGAGUUCCUAUUUGACUGAACAAAUAUAUUUAAACCUGACAACAGAUUGCCAAAAAUUCAAACAAUUUAGAAAAUAUAUUACUAUUCCUAUGCACAAGGAAGAAGAGGAUUUUCCAAUUGCAUAUUCGAUGGUCAUUCAUGAGAACAUUGAGACGUUUGAGAGGCUAUUGAGGGCAAUUUAUGUUCCGCAGAACAUCUAUUGUAUCCACGUGGAUGAAAAGUCUACAGCACAGUUCAAGGAAGCAGUGAAAGCUAUCACCUCAUGCUUUGAUAAUGUUUUUGUGGCAUCUAAAUUGGAGAAAGUGGUCUAUGCUUCUUGGUCAAGAGUCCAGGCUGAUCUCAACUGCAUGGAGGAGCUACUUAAAAGUAACAUUCAAUGGAAAUACCUUCUAAACACUUGUGGCUCAGAUUUCCCACUAAAAACGAAUGCUGAAAUUGUGCGUGUUCUGAAAACAUUAAAUGGAAAAAAAAACACAAUGGAAUCUGAAAGACCUUCACAAACGAAACAAACACGCUGGAAAUUUCACUAUGAAGUAGGGAAAUUUCACUAUGAAGUAGGUGAUUACAUUUCUAAAACUAAUACUGAAAAAAUGCCAUCACCAAUUACAAGCCCAAUGUUCACAGGAAGUGCUUACAUUGUGGUGUCCAAAGAUUUUGUGAAGUAUAUAUUUGAAGAACCAGAAGUUCAAAAGUUUAUAGAUUGGGUCAAAGACACUUACAGUCCCGAUGAACACCUUUGGGCCACUUUGAACAGAAUGCCCGGUGUUCCAGGUUCCUCUCCAUACAAUGGAAAGUAUGAACAAUCAGAUAUGAAUGCAAUGGCUAGAAUGGUUAAAUGGUCUUACGGUGAGGGUGACAUAGCUAAAGGGGCUGCUUACCCUCCUUGUACUGGAAUUCACAGAAGGGCAGUAUGUGUCUAUGGUGCUGGAGAUCUCAGCUGGCUAAUUAAACAACAUCACCUCUUUGCCAACAAAUUUGACCCAAAGGUAGAUGACACUGCUAUGCUAUGCUUGGAGGAAUAUUUACGAUAUAAAAUCUUAUACCGCAAUAAUUUAUAG